AUGCCACCUGAAACAGGACGGUCACGAGGAAUCUGGAUAAACCCUUUCAGACACCUUGGCGAAAAUCUACAUGGACACGCUGUAGACUACGCACUCCAGAGCACCUUAGGUCACUUAGCAAUGCCUCUCCACAGCCCCUUGUCAAGUCUGUUGGACUGUGGAACUGCCAGAGCUGAAACCCUGCGACUGGUGAGAGCUAACUCCACAUCAUCCAUCCGAAUCCUCCUUGACUUGUCUGCUGCUUUCGACACAGUGAACCACAAGAUCCUCCUGUCCACCCUCUCUGACCCUUGCAUCACAGGAACUGCACUUGGAUGGUUUGAGUCAUAUCUCGCUGACAGAUCGUACAAGGUCUCCUGGAGAGGAGAGGUGUCCAUGACACACCAGCUGACCACUAGGGUUCCUCAAAGCCUGCCCAAGCUCCCAGUGCCCCCCCUGCAUCAAACCCUGGACAUGUACCUGAAGUGCAUGAGUCAUCUGGUACCGGAGGAAGAAUUCCGAAAGACAAAGACUAUUGUAAAGGAGUUUGGAGCACCUGGUGGGAAGGGAGAAUUUCUUCAGAGAAAGCUACUGGAGAGAAGUGAGAAGAAAGCUAAUUGGGUGUAUGACUACUGGCUUGAAGAUAUGUAUUUAAAUAACAGAUUAGCACUACCUAUCAACUCCAGUCCUGUUAUUGUCUUUGCCAAGCAGAACUUCAAGGGUCAAAGUGAUGCACUCAGAUUUUCUGCCCAUCUCAUUUAUGGGGUAUUAGAGUACAAAUCUCUAAUUGAUAGACGUGCUCUCCAUGUAGACUAUGCUCGUGGGCAGCUGGCUGGGACUCCCCUGUGUAUGGAGCAGUAUAACAAAGUCUUUACCUCCUACCGUCUGCCUGGACCAAAGACUGACACUCUAGUGGACCAGAAGAGCACUGUAAUGCCUGAACCAGAACAUAUAAUAGUGGCUUGUAAGAAUCAGUUUUUUGUUCUUGACGUGGUGAUAAACUUCCACCGGCUGAAUGAAAAAGACCUUUACACUCAGCUGGAGCGAAUCAGAAAAAUGGCAGACAGUGAAGAGGAGCAUCUGCCACCUAUUGGUCUGCUCACAUCAGAUGGCAGAACAGAGUGGGCAGAGGCUCGCAGUGUACUGAUCAAAGAUUCUACCAACAGGGAUUCUCUAGAUAUGAUUGAGCGCUGUCUGUGUCUGGUGUGUUUGGAUGACCCAACUGGCAUUGAGCUGACUGACACAAACCGAGCUUUGCUGAUGCUCCACGGAGGGGGCAAAGACAAGAAUGGGGGCAACCGCUGGUAUGACAAGUCCAUGCAGUUUGUAAUAGGUGCAGAUGGAUGCUGUGGUGUAGUCUGUGAACACUCUCCUUUCGAAGGAAUAGUGCUUGUGCAAUGUUCGGAAUAUCUACUGAGAUAUUUGAGAGGCAGCCCUAAAUUGGUGAGAGUAGCCAGCAUGAGCGAGCUUCCUGCCCCUAGACGACUGCGCUGGAGAUGCUCACCAGAAAUCCAAGCUUUCCUAAUGGCAUCGGCAGACAAAUUACAGAGACUUGUCAAAAAUGUGGACAUGAAUGUCCACAUAUUCACCGGUUAUGGAAAAGAGUUCAUCAAGAGACAGACAAUGAGCCCUGAUGCUUAUGUUCAAGUUGCCCUGCAGUUGGCAUUUUACAGAUGUCAUGGACGUCUAGUGCCAACGUAUGAGAGUGCAUCAAUACGCCGCUUUCUAGAGGGACGAGUUGACAACAUUCGCUCUGCAACACCUGAGGCUUUAGUGUUUGUUAAAGCUAUGACCGAUUGCUCCAACUUCACUGAUGCUGAGAAAAUGAAGAAGUUUCAGAAUGCCAUAAAAGCACAAACCAAUUAUACAAUUCUAGCAAUCACAGGAAUGGCAAUAGACAAUCACUUGCUGGGACUGCGAGAGAUUGCCAAGGAGCUGAAACUCGAAAAGCCUGAGCUGUUCUCUGAUCCGACCUAUGUAACCAGCAACCAGUUUAUUCUCUCUACAAGCCAGGUCCCAACGACUGAGGAGAUGUUCUGCUGCUACGGUCCUGUUGUCCCUAAUGGCUACGGAACCUGCUACAAUCCUCAGAUGGACCACAUCGUCUUCUGUGUGUCAAGCUUCCGUGACAGUGCAGAAACCAGCUCAGAUUUGUUUGUGAAGGCUCUUGAGGGGUGUUUGAAGGAAAUGCAAGGUCUAUGCAGAAAAUGCAACAUUCAAGCUAAACCAGAUGACUCCACAGAAAGGACUGAGGCAACACAGAAGGUAAUGAAUAAUGAGAGCAAGUCAUAGCUAGAAUCAGGAACCACACACUGGCUCAUCCUGUAAAUGUUUAAACCAUGUGGUAGAUGCAAGAACCAUUGUGACUGAAUGAACAGUGCUCAG